AUGAAAGUUACGCUGCUCACUGUGGUUGCGCUGGUGACUAUCGCAAUUUGCAGUGCCGCAGAUCCCGAGUGUAAGUACCGUAAAAUUAGAAAGUUGGCACUGCACUGGGCCAAUCCCACUGAUUGUACUCGCUACUACCGUUGCACAAAUAAAAGUGUAAAGCGGGAAGUAGUUUGCGCCGAAGGCAAAGUCUACAAUGCCAGGAUCGGCAAGUGUUCAACGAAUAGGAAGGGUUUAUGUAAACUAACGCUAGCAACACCUUUGGACGGGGUUUUAAAUCCAUGCGCUAAUGAGGUUUCUGGCGUGUACCUUGCCCAAUCAGGAUAUUGUCGCAACUUUUACAUUUGCAAUAAUAACGAAGCAUAUCCUCAGGUUUGCGACGCCGGCAGUCGCUUCAAUGCUACAACUUCUAAUUGCAUACCUGACACUGAGUCCGAGUGCUGGCAAAAUAAGUGCAUUAAUAAAACCGAUGGUACUUAUUUGCCGGAUGCUUCUUCAUGCAUUUCUUUCUAUGUUUGCUCUGGCGGAGAGGCGACUGUACAAGAUUGUGGCAGCAGCAGUUAUUUCAAUAGUUCCAGUAGUGCAUGCGAACCAGAUCCAACUGGCGAGCAAUGUUGGGAGAAUUUGUGCGUCGGAAAAAAGGAUGGCGAAUUUGUCAAAGACGUAAAUGAUUGCCACAGUUAUUAUGUGUGCUCUGCCGAUAAACCUGUUAAGCAGGACUGUCCGAAAGGUAGCUAUUUCGAUUGGUCUGUGGAUGCAUGUAUACCUGGAGAGUGUCCAUCAGAUGAAACUACAACGGAGUUCCCAACCACAGAAACCACAAUCUCGUCGACUGAAUGUACCGAAGAAAGCACGGAAUCUUCUUCAUCAACAGAAUGCACCGAAGCCACAACAACUACCACUGAAUGUCCACAAGUCACAACUACUACUGCAUGUCCGGAA